CUAAUUCAAAUAAACUGGUGAUCUUCGGAUCACUUUGGUCAAAUUGAAACGAUACAGAGAAGAUUAGCAUGGCCCCUGCACAAGGAUGACACUGCGACAUUGAGAGAAAACCCAUUUUUUUUUUUAAUUAUUGAUACGAAUCAUCAUUUUUUUGUAUUUCUUUUUGGUUAAAUUUACUUUUUACGCUUUCUUCGUACAAACGAUUGUUUCAUUCAUUUUUGGUAAUUUUUGGCUACUUUAAGAUCUGUGUCGUUCUUAAUUUUUUAGAAUAAGCAUAAAAAAGGGUACCCAAUUGUGUAUUAUCAGGCCUUCUUGUCGGUUUUCGAAAGUUAUUCUACAAGUUUAUUUAGCCGUUCUUUAAAAACAUUGGUACCAGUCCAGUUCAGUUCGUGUUUGAAACGAUUGCUUUCGUUUAUUUGAUUACGCGUUUUUCGGGAUAUCCUUCAAAGUACCUGAUUAGGAAUGUUUUUUAUGGAUUUCCUUAGCUGAACUCUAGUUUGUCUAUUCUCUAAAAAGUCGUUUAUUAUCAAAAAAAACAUUUUGACUCUUUUAUCCAUCAAUCUUGUUUGUAUUGGCUAAUUUGGCUGCCAUUUCUGGUCAUUAAUCUUUCUCUUUUCUUUUUUUCCUUCAUCCUACAUCCCCUCCCUCUUUGCAUGCAUUUACAUUCCUUUUUUCACGUCCAUCCAAAAUUUUUUGGUCUUUAUAAGCCAUAUCAAUUCGUUCGCUGCUUAAACCUUCAAUCUUCUUAUCAGCCUGCCCACGUCGAAGCUGUUUGGCAUGAGCUGCAACAAGGUUUGUCUUCCGUUGAGCAUCCGCCUUCAAAGGCAAACAUAAACAGCGAUACUCACCCUUUCCCAAUCCUUCUUCCACCGCCUAAUAUCACCGGCAAGUUGCACAUUGGGCACGCGCUAACCAUUACAAUUCAAGAUGCUCUAGCAAGGUAUUAUUCUAUGAAUGGCUGUCAAGUUUCCUUUCGGCCAGGCACGGAUCAUGCCGGUAUUGCAACACAGUCAGCUGUUGAAAAGUUUUUAAAUAAAAAAGGAAUCACAAAAGCCAACCUUACUGAAUCCGAAUUCAUGCUUCAGGUUCGAGAUUGGGAACAUCAGUUUCAACAUCGAAUCCGAAAACAGCUUGAGGCAUUUGGUGCUUUAUUUGAUUGGGAAAAUGGAUUUUAUACUUUAGACCAAGAGAGAUCUCACGCGGUCUCUAAAGCAUUCGUAGAUUUAUUUGACUCUGGUUAUAUAUAUCGAGCUAAUCGCUUUGUAAAUUGGUGCCCUAAAUUGACAAGUGCUAUUUCAGAGAUGGAAGUUGAAUCACAGCUUAUUUCCGAUCCUGUCACCAAACGGAUCAAUGGAGUUUCAGUUGAUUUUGGAUAUAUGUACCAAAUUGCUUACCCGUUACUUGACUCUUCCAACGAAUCCAUUGUUGUUUCUACAACUCGACCUGAAACAGUUUUUGGAGAUCGUGCUAUUGCUGUAAAUCCACAUGAUUCAAAGUAUCAGCGUUUCAUCGGAAAGUUUGCACGACAUCCACUUCGUCCAGACCUUGUUCUUCCUAUUGUGGCAGAUGACACUGUUGAUCCGACUUUCUAUACUGGAGCUUUGAAGAUUACACCCAGUCAUAGUUCUGUCGAUUUUGACAUAGCUAAAAGACAUGAAAUACCUUUGGCUCCUAUCUUGGACCUGAAAGGCCGUUUAGUAAAUUGCUCUAAUGAAUUGAAUGGAAUGGACCGCUUAUGUGCACGCCCAAAAAUAGUACAAAUGUUAAAAAACGUUGGAGCUCUAGUAAAUCAGCUCUUUCAUUCUUGCGUUUUAUCUGUUUGCUCUCGAACUGGAGAUGUGAUUGAGCCUAUCAUGGUUCCUCAGUGGUAUUUAUCCGUGGAUCAUCUUCGAAAAGAACUCUUGCAUAUGACUGAAGAGCAGAAUCUGAAGUUUUUCCCCCCUUCAACUAAAAGCGAUUGGUAUCGAUGGUUAGAAAACAUGCAAGACUGGUGUCUUUCCCGCCAAAUAGCAUGGGGUCAUCGGAUUCCUGUUUGGAAAUAUGAAACCACUAAUGGGGAACAAUGGGUAGCAGCUGAAACCCAAGAAAAAGCUAUAAAAAAGUCUAAUGGAGCUCUUGUAACACAAGACUCUGAUGUUUUAGAUACUUGGUUUUCUUCUUCUUUACUGCCUUUGUCUGCAUUUGGAUGGCCUCGUUUGAAGAACGUGCCCAUUUUGCCAUUCAUAGAAAGCGGGAAAGACAUCAUCUUCUUUUGGAUUGCAAGAAUGGCCUUGAUGUGCUCGUAUUUUACCAAAGCUCUACCUUUCCGAGAAGUUAUUUUACAUCCUCUCAUUCGGGACUCGGAAGGGCGUAAGAUGUCGAAAUCUUUGGGAAAUGUUAUUGAUCCUAUGGAUAUAAUACACGGCGUCUCUUUCGAUAAGCUCGAGGCGAAGCUUUUAGAAGGAAGCUUUUCGAAAUCUGAAAUGCUCAAAUCCUUGGCUCAUUUGAAAAAGUCGUUUCCGAAAGGCAUCCGUGCUCAAGGAUUAGAUGCUUUACGCUUUGGCCUUUGCCUUUCCUUGCACCAUAAUCAAAGAAUUCUAUUAGAUAUGGAAAGUUUCUCAAACUCUUACAGAUUUCUGUCGAAGCUCUGGAACUUAGUGCGUUACUUUGGCCAGUACGAGUCUGUUUCGGUCAAUAAUGGUAACCAGGCCACUUUAAACGAGAGCUUCAAAAUAAUUAAAGAUGCAUUUGAUCAUCGACUGCAGCUCACCGUUGAAUGCUGUCGUGAAAACUUUGAUAAUCGUUCUCUAUUUAAGGUUGCAGAAUCAUUAGAAAAGUUUUUGCUUAACGAUUUGUCAGUUGAGUUUGUUGAUUUAACGCGUCCUCUUCUAAAAAAUCCAGAUACCCGAGAUAAUGUUUUGCAAUUUUUCCAUCAUUUGAUGAAUAAAUUUUUGCGUCUGACCCAUCCUGUUAUACCAUGCUUAACCGAGGUCUUAUGGAAACAUCUGGACUACAAGCCAAAGGGGCCUUUACACAAAGGUAUCUAUCCUAGUGCGGAAGAACGAAAGGUGGUCUCCGAAAAGGCUGCACAGGCUAAUGAAGUUGUAAAAGAUAUUAUGAAAAUUAUAUAUUAUUUAAGAAGCUUGAAAGUGAAUAGGAAGCCAUCAAACGAUCAAGAAUUACCAGUUUACAUUCUUUCAAGCACAGGAAGCUUGGGCAAGUUUUGUGAAACGAUAAAAUACUUGACAGGAUAUCAAGUGAACAUGCUUUUGGAAAACGAUCUUCAAAAUUCUACUAGUACUUUUGUCCAAUUUAUGGUUUCUAGAGAUACUGUGCUAAUGGUACCAAGUAACUUCAUGCAUCGCAAUUUACCAAAGUUAGAAAAAAACAUAGACGAGUUAAGGAAAAAGGUUGAAAAGCUUGAUUUUAUUACUGCGUCAGCUGGCUACGUGAAAGCCCCAGCAUCAAUUAAGACAAGAAAUAAACAGCAUCGAGAAGAGCUACUCGCGAUGAUUAAUAGCUUAAGGGACAAGAUCAAUCGUCAAUGAAAUGUAAUGUUGUCUAAGCUGCUGACAUGUAUAGAAUAUAGUUUCAUUGAUUAAAUUUAUCUAAACGAAUUGUAUCACC